UUUAACAGAAAGGGGAGUGUCUUCAACAAAACUCUACUUAACGGACUGUUCAUCUUUCACACUGUCGUCACAAAUGUAAUUCUGUAUAUUAGAAAUUUUGUGCAAAGCAAACUAGAGGUUUUUGAGGGAUAUCAAAUUCGAGUCUGUAACUGCACCAACAACAUGGAGACAUCUGCAACCGCAUGGAGCAUGGAUGUUCUAAACAACUUUACCAAUAUGACAGUAGAUUCAAAUAUAUUUCUCACAGAAUUUUCUAUAUCUAAUGCAGCGAAGAUUAUUCCAAGGGGAGAUGAUGCUAGCUGCAAGUUGAAUGACGAUGUUUACUUAAAUAUGUUCAAGAGCUCUAAUAUGUACUUGACUCCUUUUCUGCUUGAAUUUGCUCUCACAGCAGCAGCCAUGUUAGUUGAGGUGUGGCUUGAAAUUAAUCAUUCUAGAGAGACAGAAGCCACUCAACAAGUCACAGCCGUAACCACUACACAGUAUGGAACAGCUACCUUAGCUGCAGAAGUGACCAAUACACAAAUUUCAGUGUCUCAAAAGAUUAAGAAUGCUGCAGGUGGUGUGGUUGUAGCAAUCGUAAUCUUUGGAAGUUUUAUAUUUAUGCUCAUUUUGAUGCAUUUCCUGACUGUUCAUAGUAACAUAUCAAUUGUUUUUCAUGUCUACAAGCUGAUCAUAUGUUUGAUCAUGAUAGGAAUUAGUGUCAUUGGUAUCAUGGUGCUCAAUAACAACAGAAUCAAGUCAAGUGACAUAGGAUUGGACGAUGUUCUUAUCUACAUAUCAAUAAUUGGCAUGAUAUGCAUGUCAACGUUUCAAAUCAUAAACGCUAUUGCUAGCUUCAACAUCUAUGAUGCGUCUAGCAAUCACAUUAACUUGUUGGCUAGACUGGUCAUUUCAAGUGAGGUGUUGUGGAUUGUUGAAACCGUUGUUCAAUCUGCUUUUAUAACAAAGGGUUUGCAUAGAAUACCACGACGUACAGCAGGGUGUUUGAAAGUAUUUAAUCCUUGCUGCCUUGCAAUUGUAUUGGCUGCUUGCAACCUGGGAAUGUGGCUGCUCACUACAAUUUCUUUGGAAUCAAUAGGAGAGGAAGACCACAACAUCUUAAGUCACAGUCUAGUGGAACAGUUGUUGAAACUAGAGAAUGGUUUUUAUGGGGAGUUUGUAUGGAUGUGGAUAAAGCUUGUGUUGCUUCCACUGAUGGUGUUUUUUCGUAUUCACUCAUUUUUCACGCUUCUUCGAGGGUUUGAUAUUCAUAGCCAUAUUGCUAUAAAAUUGUGACAUGCAUGGUCUAGUCAAUAUUAGAUUAGUAUAGUUUGGAGCACAUUAUG